UUAACCGCUACGGCGCGCGAAAACCUACCAUCGACCAUACUAGUCUAAUAUAAGUACAAAAAAGUGAUAAAACGCAUCCCGUCAUCCCCAAUGUGAGAACGUCUAUGCCUCUGGUCCGGCGAGUUGAAGAGUGAGCGCACCGCAAUAACUGUGCUCCAAGACUCCGUCUUUAUGGGAAACUUAUCAGGCUUUCGGUCCCCUCAAUUUUCUGAGGAUGGGGCUAGGCCACCUUGGUGGCUUCAGCAAGAAGGCUAUGAAGCCGAAACGAUUGUUCAGGGGCUCAAUCAAGAGCAAUCUCCUCCCCAGCUAUGUGUUGAGGAAUGUUGCAACUGUGAGAAACAUAUUUGCAGCGUCAGUACUGAUAAAUUUCUAGGGGAGGACGGAAGAUAUAACAAUUGGCAUUUGUAUUUAUCAGCAGAUGAUAGUUCUCUGUUCACUGUCACCCCAUGUAAUGAUAAUGUGCCAUUUCAUCUUCAGCUAUCACUCGAUUGUGAUCAUGAGGGAAUAAAAAGUCCACCUUUUGAUACAUUCCAGGCGGAGAGGAAUGAAUUAUAUUGUAUUCAACCUGAAAUUUUAGGAGAACCAGAAGUUAAGGUUAAAGAAUUAAAUGCGGACCAAAACAUUGAUGCAAUUAACUGCUCUUUAGUUCUUGAAUGUCGAAAAACGGAUAAAGAUAAGAUCCUGGAGGAGCUUGAACGAAAACCCAGCUUGUCAGACGUUGAGCAAAUGCAUGAGGCAAUUGAAACUGAUCAACUAAUUAAGGUCAAUAAUGUAAUGAACUGUUCUUUAGAUCCUGAAUGUGACACAACACCUAAAGGUAAGUGCUUGAAGGGUCUUGAAGAAGAUGUCAGAUUAUUAGAAAUUGAGCAAACAGAUGAAGCAGUUGAGCUAUCCAUUUCAGCUUCUGAAGCACUAGUAAUUCAUGAAGUUCUGAGAACUCUAUCCUUAAAAUUGCCAGUUGCUGCUGUGUUAGAGACUGCACUUCAGGUGAAACAAGCUCGCUUAGAAGCCUGGAAAGAGUCACGUGAGACCUGCUACAAUUGGCUAUCAGAGGAAACUAGUGAAACUGGUUUUCAAUCAGAAUCAGAAGAUAUAGAUAUGGAAGAUGCUCAUCAUGAUGUCGACACAUUUACUUCUCAACAUGAUCAUUUACUAGGUGAUAAGUUAAGUGUUUCUCAAGUAAAAGACACUUUUGACUCGGGAAAUUGUGGAGAUCAGAGAAAAUCAGAACAGGUUGAGUUUCAGCUACCUGAUACUAACCUCUGUCCACAUAGUGAUGAUUAUUUACUCCACGGGUUGGAGGAUGUUCCUGAAGAUGAUCUUCAGUUUAAACUAAACAAGACAGGAGAUUAUAUUUCUGAGGAAGAUUUUUCAUUGCAACCAACAUGUGAGUCUCCUCCUGAGAUGCCUUGUGAAGUUGAUGGACAACAUUAUGGAGUAUCGGGUAGAGUGCCUAACAGAUUUCAGAGUCGUUGGUUUGGAGGUUGGUCAGGCAAUGAUACAUGCAUCUCCAUUCCACUGAGACCCAAUCAUAUUCAAACCAAGACCCAUUUUAUUGGAGAGACAAGCUAUUUCUCAGAAUCAGCAAAUACUGUUCCAGAUGAAAACUCCUUUGUAGGACCCAAAGAUGACAAAGCAGCAAACUUGGCUUCUCAAUCAACGAUACCUUCUGAAGGCAUUGAUAUGAAUUACAGGAAUAACCAAGUAGUCCAAGUACUUCUCUCCCAGGAUGUCUGUAGAUAUCCAAGUCCAUCCCCUCUUUAUCCACAUUGCUCAUUUGUUCCCUGCACCAUUUCAUCCCAAAAUGUGCCUUGUCAUUCAGCCUUACGUGGUGAGCAAGACAAUAAGGAAAAAUUCAUCAUUCAUAGUAAUGAAUGUAUCGAAAACUUGCACAGUAACUCGAAUAUGGAAAACAAGGUUUUUCAGGAACAAGUUUCCAUUUCAGAGGCUAGCUGUGAUAGACAAGAGCAUUAUGUUCAUAAAAAAAAGAUUGAAGGAAGUCAAACUAUAUCAGCGAUAGCACCUAAUCUGGAACUCUUGAAGCUACAGCUUAUACAUGAAAACCAAGAUAUUGUUUCAUUAGGAACAAGAAAGCGUGUCGGGUUUGCAGAAAAAGAAGCGAAGAUUUCACACAAAGAAAAACGAAAAAAGCAACAGAUAAUGUCAAAUACUUGCAAUACUAUAAGAGCUUCCAAAUGUUUGAGGCUUUCAAGUUCACAUUUUGAGUCAAGAGCUCAAAAUCGUAAAGGGGAUUUAUCUAAUUGUCAAAGCAAGUUUGUGAAAAAAUCAUUGUUCCAAUCUAUGAAGUUCUUGCUUACUGGGUUCUCAAAGAAAAACUUGAACAGAAUUGAAGGCCUCAUAAGGACAUUUGGUGGAACAGUGCUCUCUGAUAUCCCUUCCGAAAAUCAGAGAAAGCGGAGCUCUAGACAUAGAUAUCAGACACUUCCUGUUGUUUUGUGUCCAAAGAAGCUACAAACAAUGAAGUUCUUAUAUGGGUGUGCAGUUGGUUCCUUGAUGGUCAAAGCUAAAUGGCUCAUUGACUCAAUUGCAGCAAACUCCCUCUUACCACCUGAACAAUACAUGGUUCUACAAAAAUCUGUUGGCGGGCCUUCACAAACAGAAAUUCCUCUGAAAGGAAGUAGAAACUCCAUCUUUGAUGGUGUUGGCAUAAUGCUUCAUGGUGCAAAAAGAAUUUGCUCUAGGAUGGCAAGAAUAAUCGAGCAUGGUGGUGGAAGAGUUUUCAAGACACUCCAGAAGUUGGUGUUAAGUCUUGAUGCUGCAAAGGUUACUGUUGGGUUUGUUGUGAUUGAAGCCGGUAGCUGGGCUUCAAGACACCUGAAGCAAUGCGCUUUAGACAAGAAAAUACCUAUUAUGUCAGUUCAGUGGAUAGUAAAUAGUUUACAUGCACAGAAGCUUCUUCCCUUCAUAGACAAGAAAGAUACUUUCUCCCCUCCUCUCAUCAAGCUUCCAGAUGCUUGUGAUUCCGUUGGAUGCAGUCAAGAAAUUUAAGCUUGCUCAUUGCAAAGGCUCUCUCAUGUACAUCUUCAUCUGAUUAUAUAGCUAUGAUGCUAAGUUGCUAGCACUCGUGUAUCAAACAUGACAAAGAUGCCCACACUCCAGGAGAAGAUAUGAUUGACAGAUUGAGAAGUCAGCUAUAAAACGUUGUAGAGUGGGAUGCUUUCAAGGAAGCUGUUUGGAUCAAGAUGUUAACAAUUGUGAGUUGGGCAUGGCUGGAAUGGCUAUUUCAUGUUCUUCUCGCCUGACUGGUGUUUUAAUAGAGGGUGGAGAAGCAUGAGAAAUCUUGUAAAUAGUCAGGGCUAUUUACAAGCUUUUCGGUUUUUCCGGUUCUGUUCAAAAGUCCGUCAAAAACCACAUAAAGUCAUAAACCUCCAACAUCCACCAAUCCAUAGCACAACAGUCAUACAGAUCGAUUUUAUCCCUUGGAAUAUAAUAAGGGAGCUAGGGAAGUGGUCAAACUUUACGGUCCAUGGCUGGGAGCAGUGAGUAUUAGAGGUGCAGGAACAAGAGGAAACCAGUGGUUGGUUUAGACAUGUAUACAAGAUGGGAGGGGGUAGAUAGGAGGGAGGGGUCUGUGCAUUCUCCAGCGGAAGAUCUGGUGGGGGGUUUUCUGGUGGAAGAUUCAGCAAUGGUCCUAGUGCAAGGGGAAGUUUCCAAGAGUUCAGGGGUGGAGAGCCAAAGAGGAGACGAGUGUUGGAGCUUCAUGAGCAGGAAGGACAAGUUGCGGAUGCAAUGGUGGUUGAAGGAACAAAAAAUAUGGAGGAGGCGAGUCUAGCCUUCUAGACUCGCCCACUAUCUACUUUUAUAGUAAAUUUUGUCGUCCUUUUAGGUUUCUGUGUUGGUAAGGAUUGUAGGUUACUUUUCUGUUCGGUUUGUUUUGCCCAGGGUGACUUGUUUUUUGUUUUCUUUGUGGUUAUGUGUCAGAGUCAGGAGAGAAAGUGUGACAAGGAAUCUGAGUCGAUCAUAGUUGCCUUACAAUUGCUCAUGUGGGAAUUAGCGAAUCAGGCUGUUUCUAAGAGUGGUUCAAGGGCGUAUGAUCGAACUGCGGUUUCUGGUCUAGCUAGCUUGUCUAUUUUCUUCGAACUGGUUGUUACUUGUGGGUUUUUGGUAUUCUAAAUAAGUCGAUUUCGUUCAAAAAAAG